CCUCAAAAUCAUCCGGCACGGAUCCAUACCUAAGUAUCCCGGCCUUUGGUCUCUGUAUAAAUACCAUCCGUGCCAUCGUUCGGCCUUCUGACUGGAUCAAGCAAUCUCUUAAUUCUCUCUGAUUCGAUUCACUGCUCAAAUUUUCUCAUAUCAGAUCCAGUUUCUGAACAAAAAUGUCUGGGCGUGGCAAGGGAGGCAAGGGGCUGGGAAAGGGAGGAGCCAAGCGUCACCGCAAGGUCCUUCGCGAUAACAUCCAAGGCAUCACAAAGCCAGCAAUUCGCCGUUUGGCUCGCAGAGGUGGCGUGAAACGAAUCAGUGGUCUGAUCUACGAGGAGACCCGUGGAGUACUGAAGAUCUUCCUUGAGAAUGUGAUCAGAGACGCUGUGACCUACACGGAACACGCCCGCCGCAAGACUGUAACAGCCAUGGAUGUGGUGUAUGCACUGAAAAGGCAGGGCAGGACUCUUUAUGGGUUUGGUGGUUAGGGCUUUUGAUUUUGGAUUGAUAGUCUUGUUAUCAAGAAAUUGGGUAGUUAGGUGUUCUUAUGCUUGCUAUUGUUGUAAAGCAAUCUAAUGGGUCUGGUCUGCUUGUGGGUUUCUAGUUUCUACUGUAACUAUGGUGGAUUUGGGAUGAAAUGAAGUCGUUGUGUUUGAUUCAUUGAUAAUAAAUUAAAAUAAAUAAUAAUAAUUAUAUUUA